AACUUAUUAAAUAGAUGUGUUAUGUCGGAUGUUCGUGCUGAUGGUAAACAAAAAGAUGUUAAAGGAUCUCCACUCUCAGAAAUCGGAAGGAGAUGGUCUCUCGUUGGUAAAAUAUUCAGAGAUAGACAGGUGGAUCGUAAACAUCUUUCGGCAGACAGCAGUGGAUAUGCAGAGCAGUCAAGUACUGUCGUGUUUGAGUCAUUCCAGCUGGUAAAAUCAGAAGUAGUAGAGGAAGACAACAGCGAGUGUUGCUGGAAGAGACAUUGGUUGUCUAUAAAUGCUAAUGGUGAUAAGGGAACUAAUGUGGAAAGGGAAGUGUCGGUAAUGGUGAGGCAUCUGACAGGUCCGAUCAUGUUCGAAGAGUUGCUCAAGUUCAACAACACUGGAAAUGUCUGCGUUUGGCCUGCUGAGGAAGUUCUUGCCUUCUAUCUUCUAAAGAGUCAAAGCAAAUUCACAGGCAAAUCAGUGAUCGAACUGGGAGGAGGAAUGACAUGUUUAGCUGGUCUUCUGCUGGCAGCAGCGGUCAAAUGUGACCGAGUGAUGUUAACAGACGGAUCUGACGAAUCGAUUUCAAAUCUGCAAUUGACUCUAGAGCGCAACUCGCACCUGAAAACACAAGAUGUCAAAUCAAGGCUUCUUCGAUGGGACUACGUGGAGGAUGAAUCAUUCUCUGAUUUGAAAGAACAAUUUGACCAUGUCAUAUCAGCCGACUGCCUAUUCUUUGAUGAGUUCAGAAGUCAUCUUGCACAUACAAUAGCAACUGUUUUAAAACCAAGGGGUGAGGCGCUAAUAAUAGCACCGAAGAGAGGCCACUCAUUUGACGACUUCGUCUCCAUCUGCAGGAGUGACCGCUUCAAGCCACUGUUCUCGUCUGUCGAGGUCGAUUCGCACUUCGACGCAUAUAUCUACAAGCUAAGCGAAUAUGGCAGUCGUAGUAUGGUGUGAAAGCAAGUGAGUAUCCAGUCGGUGGUCGGGAUUUGAGUCGUAGUCUCCGCAGUCUUUUAAUAAUGAAUUUUCAAGGCUCCUUUUUGCCGUCUUUCGUCUGCGUGUGAAGUGCAGUUUUGCUUCUAUAUAAAAAUGUUCGACUAAUCAAAAACCAAAUUUUAACGAAAUUGAAUGUCCAUAGCAAUGUUUUAGUGAAUUAAAUGAGCAAUAUUUUAGUGAAUUGUAUGGCGAUGCUGAUUGAUUAUUCGUAUAGUUGAAAACCAUUUCGUUUCAGUAUCUGAAAAGAAGUACCAACUUCAGUCCAUCAAGACAUCAGCCAAUCCUCAUCAAGCUGACUAAGUGCUCAUAGCCGAGCGAUUGCUAGCUCAAGUGGUGCUCAAAUCCCAAUGCAGAUAGAAAAUAAAAACAAACCAGGUCAACUAAGUUCAAGUCACUGUCACAACAGAAAGGACCACAUCAAUAACCGACAUCACGCCACACAUUACCAGACUUCAUUCCAAUCUGAAGCGAGCGUUUCUAUCGAGUCUUUUCCGGCCAGAUAUCCGUCGCAGUAUCACACGUCUUCGAGCAGUAGUCAGCUCAUAAUUAAGUCAUCAGUGCUAAUCUUCGGCCAUCACUACAAAUAUAUAUAAAGAUUUUUAUAAAAAUUAGUAUCAAAAUUUUCGAAUGUUUCAAAUUAUUAUUGCAGUCGGCACCAAAUUUUUGGGAGAGUUUUGAACUGCCAAAAACCGGCAGUCAAUAGGCGAUAUUAACUGUUGCACUCAGGAGUAUUGACUUUUUUUAGGUCGACCGAAUUGAUUUUCUGAGCUCUCCAAAAUCCUCAUAAAGACCUUAAUUCGACUAAUUUUUUUACGCCGCAGGCCAAAAAAGCGGUUUUAGGCCCUUUUUAAAGAUUUUUUUUUUCGGCGCGCGCUCCUUCCUCAAAGUUAGUAGUAUAUUUUGGCGCCAAAGGCUGCCUUAGAAAAAAUUUAAUGUCAGUCAGCCAAAAAUGGAUAUUUCAAAAUAGUACAAAGGGGGACCCUUUGGAUCAGCAGGGGGUCGAAUCCCUGAUGGGGGGGGGGCGUUCAGACCCCCUAAAUCCGCUACUGGUUGAAUUUACUUUUAAAAGUCGACAUUUACGAAAUAUAACUCUAUUUAUUGAAAAUGAUUGCUGCUAGUAUCAUCUUAAAAUCAAUAACUUGUAGGGUUUAAAAUAAUAUCGACUCAUGCAUUUUUCCUGCAAUAGAAUUCUUAGUUUUUUAUUCGAAAUGAUAUGUUUUUAUUCUGUUUCUGAAUUUCCUGAAAAUUCUUUUAUUAGCCUUAAGCUAAAUCAAUAAUGAAAACUCUCAUAGAGUCAAGUUUCAUUUGGCAUUGGUCGUGAAUUUUACCCUUGCCAUUGCGUGUUGAACCAGGCACUAGACUUGUUCCCCCGUAAACAACUUUGCUCGCAAGAUUUCGCACUCGUGUUUCAACUUGGUUCACAAUAAAUUAAAAAUCAAUCAGCUAUCCAGCGCAUCUGGAAUAGAUGGAAAUUACUUGCAUUAGGCGAGAAAGGUUAGAGGUUCGAAUCCGGCUGGGAAAUUGAGAGAGUGUAAAAUCCGGCUGGGGUUUUCUGAAUUUCCAAAUGCCAUUUUAAAAGUCCUUUUGGUUGAGGCAAUUGAAUUACAAGAUUUUUGUGGCUCAACGAAUGUUUGCGGAAAAAUUGUCGGCUUUAUUACCACUUCGUAAGAUUUAUGUCGAUGCAAAUAUAAAUUUUAAUUGUCUCGUUGACUUGUUUUUUUUAAAUUUUUUCCAGGAAAAGUCUUAAAAUUUGUUCAGCCUCAAAUUAAAUUUUCCUCGGCUAAACUUUUGAUUUCUUUUUAAGUUAAGUUCAUUUUAUUGUAAAGAGGAAGGUAAUCAUAGUCUAGUAUUACGAAAACAGGGUUUUCGUUUGAUCAUAGUGUCUAAUGUGACUUUUCAUUCAGUUGUUUUCACAUAAGAAAAAAAACUUUUCCCUCAGUGUUAAAAUAUUAUUUUUUACACAAGCAAAAUUGUGUGUUAUUACGAACUCUCUUUUUUCCCAACCUAAGUCACAAAUAUUAGUGUUCUUUUUGAAAGUGCUCUUUUAUUGCAAUAUAUGCAUAAGAUCAAUAACCAGCUAUUAAGUACAUCCAACGCUAAGGAUAUUAAUGCAGACUAUUAUAUGAAAAAUAGCACUUUAGCUUCAAGGUAUCAUGGAUCUGUAGCGUAGAGGUAUGAAAGGAGACCAGCAGCAAAAUAAGAGGGUUCGAACCUCAACAGGUUCACAUGUUUUUAAUGAACUUUUUCGUAUACUAGUUAAAAUGCGUCCGCUCUAUAAAUUGAGGCAUUUUAGUUGGUAAAUUUCUUUUCAAAUUGACUGGUACUGCUAAUGCGUCAUAAUUGGCUUGCGUCACUUAGCAAUUAUGUAGACUUAUAAUUGGCGUGCGUCACUUAAGAAAUUUUGUAGACUCAAAGUUUUUCUCAUUCAGUUUUUCCCAGUAGCGUUGUCGGUCAUAUUUUAGCUUGUGUAUGCGAAGUGCCACUUCGCCUCUGUGUAAAUUCUUAAAAUUGGGGUGAAAAGUUUGAUAUUUACCUUCAUAUUUUAAUUUACUCCGUUUGAUUAGCAAGAUUAAUGUAACAGUACUGCAUUUUGUUUCCUAUAAAAAAUUUGCUAAAAGAUUUUGCACGUGAGAUAUUACGUGCUUCAUUACCCUCGCGAUAAAUACCGCUAUUGCAACCUGGUACUAAUUUUCUUUUUUCAGAUUUUUAAUUGUUCACUGGAUGACUGAAAUUGGUGGUCUUAAACAAAACUGUACUUUCGUCAACUUUAAGACGUAUUUAAAGCAUGACUGCAUUAAAGCAUGACUGCAUUAAGGCGCUUUUGUAAUGAACGUAGUGGGUACUCUUAUAUUGGUUUUGAAGAUAUAUUGUUCAAGAAGUCUUAAAAUUUGUUCCUGCUUAAAUUUGAUCCAAGUUCCACUAUCGACCAGAAAAAAAUGUACGGUCUCGAAAAAGCGGGAUCAACUUCUAAUUUCGAAAAUGGAAUUUAAUUAUCAGAUUUCCCAGCGAAAAAAAAGUUUUUCUCAUGACCUUAAUUUUUUCAAAUUGGGUUAAUUUUAUUAAGAGUAAUGAACCUAGUGAAGAGUUGGAUAGGUAUUGCUGAAUUUUUUUCGCAGUUUCUGAGUUGAUUUGAAAUUCAUGUGCUUAUUGUGACUUAAUUAGCACUCUCCAAAUACUAACGUGGAAAUGGCGCGAAAAAACGUGAACGAUUUCUAGUUUCGAAAGUGAAAUUCAAUUUUAAGAUUUCCAGCGGAAUAAAAUUUUGACCUAUUGAUCCAGUUUUUUCAAAUUGAGUUAAUGUUAUCAAAAAAGCGUUCAUUACUCUUUUUCCAAUCUUCGAUUGGCUAUGCUCAAAAAAUAUCGACGGUUCUGCUGUAAUAUCGAAGAUUUUUUUUGGAGUCAGACAACGAGAGAAGUAUAGGUUGUGAUAAUUUUUUUCAUGAAAAGAUUUGUUUGCGCUGAAUUAUGAUUUUUCGCGGUUUGAUUAUUGAUUUUUUUAAGUUUGUUUUAGUUCAUUUUAUUCGCAAAAAGGAAGGUUAACUCCACUAUGGGACACUAAAAUUGUAAAGAGCUGGAAAAAGGUCUUCAUUUUUAAGUGCAAUUCGAAUUGAUUUAUUAAAAUGAAGGCAUUUACGCUCUCGUAUUAUGAAAACGGAAAUAGUGCAGAUAAUUGUGAUCAAAUUUUAGCUUCGAAAGUGGAUUUACAUUUUAAGAUUUCCUAGCGUCUUAAAGAAAUAACAUAUUGAUCCAGUUUUCUCUAAUUGAGCUUGUUCUUCGAAAAAAUUGUUGUUCAUAAAAUUUUCUUAAAAUUUAGAGAGCUUCAACGUCUUUUUGAAAUUAUAAAGGCUGCUUUGAGCUAAUUUGUUCAGAGAAUGAAUGAGAAUUUGAAUGAGUUCACUUUGAGUACGAUGUGCCUCCAUUUUAAAUUUUCGCCUCAAGAUAAAAUUUUUUAUUGGUGCCAAAAAGGCGGCUUCAUCGGAAUUUUGAGUAAUUUUCUGUUGGAAGUUAGGCUUUCCCUCAGUUGAAAGAUUGUCAAACAAAGUUGGUAAUUUGGGGAGCGACCGGAAGCUGUUUUAAUUGUUUGAGAAAGCAUAAGUGUUGGAUUGGGGGCUAUUCUCAUGCGCGAAGGACCGAAUGGGCGAGAAAACUCGUGGCCGAAAGUCAAUUUUUAAAAAGAAGAAAUUGCUAUUCAAUUAAAAUGAAUUAAGUGAAGCAAUCUUUUGCUUUUUUCUUAACGAAACCCUUGAAGUA